AUGGACGCCAAGUCACUGCUCCGAGCCAAGAAGGCAGGCGCAAAGAUUGAGCAUCCUUAUGCCUCUUACACCUCCGGCCAGCUGAAGUGCAGCAUUUGUGCCGUGCCAGUGACACAAUGGGACGCCCACCUUUUGACGAAGCAGCAUAGGACAUCCGUCGCGAGAGAGAAAGCCUCACAGGCCAAGGCGUCCGCAAAACGGCCGGCAGAGGAUUCCUCCCGCUCAGAUAUGAAACGAGUCAAAACCGACAAAGCAGCUGAAUCCUCCUCCUCCUCCUCCUCAUUGCCGAUAGGAUUCUUUGACGCUCCUCGUUCUGGAGAUGGUGGGGAAGACGAAGAAGAAGAUAAGGAGGAUGAGCGCCCUCAGCCCACAAGUGCUCCGCCUGCUGCGGUUGCUGUGCCCUCGAAACCAGAGCCGACUGGUGAUUUGGAGCUGGACGCUUUCCUCUCAUCGCUAAACGAACCGGACCCUGAGCUAUCUCAACCAGCUCCAAGUUCUUCGAGGAGGGCUCGCCAGCGAGAUCUAUCCCCUUCGGACCUUGGCGUCGCAUCAUACUCUGCAGCACCUGUUCGGAUCGUCCCAGAAACAGUCAAAGAGCCAGAGGAAGACGAAGAGCCUGAGCCGGAGGAGACGGAAGCUGAAAGACGCGCUCGUUUGGAGAGGGAAGAAAAGGAGGAAAUCAUGGAGCGACUGGAGGCGGAACAACGUGCUCAGGAAGAUGCAGAUAGUCGGGUCGAAGCGCUGAAAGCGAGGAUGGAGAUGUUAAAAGCGAGGAGGAAAGCCAGGCCUGUCAACGUGGAUAAGAAGGCUGCAAAGAGCUGA